AUGCAACCUUCUAGCUACCUUGUUUUCCCUCCUUCAAGCAUGUCAUCACAUUUGUUAUGUCUUUUCUUUCUUCUCUUCACUUCAAACACUGCUAUCUCUGCCUUAGGAAAUGAGAGUGACCAUCUUGCACUGAUCAAAUUCAAAGAAUCAAUAUCUAGUGACCCUUUUGGAGUGUUAUCCACUUGGAACAGCUCAACCCACUUUUGCAACUGGCAGGGAGUCAACUGUGGCAGCGAACAUCAAAGAGUCACGGAGCUGACUUUAGAUUCAUAUAAUUUGCAAGGGUCCAUAUUACCGUAUGUUGGCAACCUUUCCUUUCUUAGAGUUUUGAGCCUUCAGCGCAAUAACCUCCAUGGUCAUGUUCCGCAAACAAUAAGCCGUUUGUUUCGACUGAGGGCACUUGCUUUAUAUAGUAACAAUUUAGUUGGGGAGUUUCCCAUUGGCGUGACUAACUGUUCUAAAUUGCAGGCAUUGAAAUUAUCCUACAAUCAUUUUAGUGGCCAAAUACCAGUGGAGAUCGGAUCUCUUGGGAAUCUUAAAAUUUUGACUCUUCAUUAUAACAAAUUUUCAAAACCAAUCCCAUUAUCAAUGUGGAAUUUAUCUUCUCUUGUUGUUCUUAGUGCAGCUUAUAAUAAUUUGGAGGGAAAUAUACCUGACGAAAUAGGCCAUUUGAAGGACUUGGUUAAUAUUUCACUGGCGGUUAAUAAAAUGUCUGGUAAGAUUCCACACUCGCUUUACAAUUUGUCAUCACUUUCUGUCUUAUCACUUUCAAUCAAUCAACUUGAGGGUUCUCUUCCAAGCAACAUGUUCUCCAACCUCCCAAAUCUCAGUAUCAUUGAACUGGAUGGGAACCGAUUUUCAGGUCCUAUACCAACAUCCAUCACAACUGUAUUUGGCCUUCAAAAAGUUGAUUUUUCUAUCAACAAUUUUGUUGGACAAGUCCCAAAUCUAGGAAGUCUUCGAAAUCUUUCAGCUCUAUUUUUAGGUAGAAAUGAUCUUGGAGGGAAUUCAUUUACUAAUGAAUGUGAGUUCAUAAAGUCUUUGAUAAAUUGUAGUAAGCUGCAAGAGUUUAGUUUUGAGUACAAUAAUUUUGUAGGCCAUUUGCCAAAUUUCAUUGGCAAUUUGUCCACGCAGCUCACCAUACUAGCAUUUGGUGGAAAUCAGAUUUCUGGAAAAGUUCCAGAAGAAUUAGGCAAUCUUGUUAACUUAAUUGGACUGGGAAUGGAGAACAACCACCUAAUUGAGUUCAUUCCAACUUCUUUUGGUAACUUUCAAAAGUUGCAACAUUUGUAUAUGAACAAUAACAAAUUUUCAGGAGAAGUACCAGCUAUCAUAGGUAACCUAAGCCAAUUGUCUCAGCUAGAUUUGUCACAUAAUAUGUUAAAUGGAAGCAUUCCUUCAGCCAUUGGAAAUUGCAAGAGAUUAGAGUAUCUAGAUUUUUCAUAUAACAACCUUAGUGGAAUCAUACCAUCACAAGUAUUUGAAAUUCCAUCUUUGUCAAUCUUGUUGAAUAUUUCACACAACUCAUUAAGUGGUAGUUUACCGAGUGAAAUAGGCCUGCUUAAAAGUAUUGGUACACUAGAUGUUUCUGAGAAUCAUCUGUCUAAUAAGAUUCCGGAAGCAAUAGGAGAAUGUGAGAGUUUGGAGUACCUUUAUUUGCAGGGGAAUUCCUUUCAUGGAAUCAUACCACCUUCUCUGGCUUCUCUAAAAGGUCUUCAACACUUAGACCUAUCGCGGAAUCAGUUGUCCGGAACAAUUCCACAAGAACUGCAGAACAUUACUGUUUUGGUAUACUUCAAUGCUUCUUUUAACAUGUUGGAGGGUGAGGUACCAAUGAACGGCGUGUUCCGAAACACAACUGAAGUUUCAUUGAGUGGCAAUCGCAAGCUUUGUGGAGGGAUCGCAAGCUUAAGGCUUCCACCGUGUCCUUCAAAAGCUACAAAAAAGAGAAAACAUCAUGGAUUCAAGAUUUGGAUGAUAGUUAUCAUACCAUCUUCAGUUGUGUUUCUUCUUUUGCUUUCAUCAAUUCUUGCACUCGUUUCUAGAAGAAGAAGACAAAGAAAAGCAUCUGUUGAUUCAACAAAUGAGAAAGUGCCCAGAGUAUCAUACCAGAACCUAUAUAAUGCAACAAAUGGGUUCUCAACUGAGAACUUAAUAGGUUCUGGUGGUUAUGGCUCUGUGUAUAAAGCAAUACUUGAUUCUGCAGAAAAAGUUGUUGCUGUAAAGGUUCUAAACCUUCAAGUGAAAGGAGCUCACAAAAGUUUCACGGCUGAAUGCAAUGCUUUAAGAAAUAUCAGGCACAGAAAUCUAGUGAAGAUUGUAACAUGUUGCUCUAGUGUGGAUUACAAGGGAAAUGAUUUUAAGGCUCUGGUUUACGAGUACAUGUCGAAUGGAAGCUUAGACAAAUGGUUGCAUGCCAAUGGAGAAAGUUCGAACCAACUAAGAAUGCUAAACCUGCAGCAGAGAUUAGAAGUUAUUAGGGGCGUUGCUUCCGCAAUGCAUUAUCUUCACUAUGAAUGUGAGCAGCCAGUAAUUCAUUGUGAUUUGAAGCCGAGCAAUGUCCUUCUUGGAGAUAACAUGGAUGCUCAAGUGAGUGAUUUCGGUUUAGCAAGACUUAUCUCAGCAGUUGAUGGCAACUCUCAGAACCAAACCAGCACCAGUGGAAUCAAAGGAACUAUAGGUUAUGCUCCUCCAGAAUAUGGAACAAGUUCUCAAGUGUCGAUAGAAGGUGAUAUAUAUAGCUUUGGCAUUCUUGUUUUGGAGAUGCUAACCGAGAAAAAACCAACAGAGGAAAUGUUCAAAGAUGGAUGUAGCCUCCACAACUAUGUCCAUGAUGCAUUUCCAAAUAAUAUGUUGAAAAUUGUUGAUGCAACUCUGCUCUCAAUGAUAGGUGAAGAAAUUCCAACAACAGCAGCUGCAGAAGAAAAUAAUCAUAUUGAGAAUGAAGGACAUUUGCAGAGUAAUGUUGAGAACUGCUUAUUCUCAUUGUUCAAGAUUGGUCUUGCUUGUUCAGUUGACUCACCAAGAGAAAGGAUGACUGUGAUGGAAGUCAACAGAGAACUUAACAUUAUAAAAAAUGCUUUCCAUGCUUGA